AUGAGUAGCCCUAGAAGACGUAUCGAGACUGAUGUCAUGAAGUUGAUGAGUGAUUAUGAAGUGACGCUCGUCAAUGACAACAUGGACCUGUGGCACACUGGCCCUCACCGAUCGUUCAAUACUCACCGUUUCAGGCAAGAGUUCUACGUCCGGUUCAAGGGCCCGACCGAAACCCCUUUCGAGAACGGCGUCUGGAAGGUCCACGUCGAGCUGCCCGACCAGUACCCCUACAAGUCUCCGAGCAUCGGCUUCGUUAACCGAAUCUUCCACCCUAAUAUCGAUGAGCUGUCGGGCUCCGUUUGCCUGGAUGUUAUCAACCAAACCUGGUCGCCCAUGUUCGACAUGAUCAACAUCUUCGAGGUCUUCCUGCCGCAACUCCUGCGGUACCCGAACCCGGCCGAUCCUCUGAAUGGUGAGGCCGCUGCCCUGCUCAUGCGCGAGCCCAAGAGCUACGAUGCAAAGGUUAAGGAGUAUGUGCAGAAAUAUGCCAGCAAAGACGCAGCCGACGAAGCAGGCGAACAAAGUGAAGACGAUGACGACAUGUCCUCGGUAGCGAGUUUUGGGGAAGACGAUGAGGAGCAACCCGCCGGCCAAAUGGACGAUGUAUGA